UUUCAGCAGUUUUCGGUACUUAAAUUUAAAUAUUGUAAUGGUAAAAAUUUUAUUAAUUUUAAUAUGAAAUUUGUUUGAGUGAUGAAUAAGAAAUUAAUUAAAUAUUUGGAGCUAAGGGGGGGGUUCGAACCCCUAAAACCCCCCCCUGGCUACGCCCCUGCAUGCAAGAGCUAUGUUCUUUAAAUUAUUCAUUCAAUAGGGAGUUUUGAUUUAAUAAACUUGUUUGGACAUACACUAUUGCAGUUUUGCACUGUUUGUCAUGGAAAAAAACUCAAGAAUGCAAAAUAAGAAAUAAAAAAGAAAACAUAGACUUACAGAGAACAAUCCUAAAGCAAAUGGACCCAAAUAAGAAUCUAAACAGGUAUUAUGGACAACACGAAGACAACACAUACUUAAAAUAUCAGGCAGCACAAGAAUUCUGUGGAAGGAAUGUAGUCAUGAAAAAAUAACAGCACAGACAAACACAGUGGGCUAACAACUACUAAUGAUGUAAAACCUAUAAAUUCAGUGACUCCUACUGUCUUAGAUUUUUAAAUUAUGGUGACAUUGGCAUAGGUGGUGGGUGCGCCAUUCAUUAGGAGUCUUGUUAUAUUAAUUUAACAUCUAACUAUAAAAAUAAAAAUAAUAAUAAAAAAAAGCAUCUCAACCCUGACAAUGGCCUUCCAGGAUACACCCAGAAAGAGACAGACUUGCUAUUAUGACAUACCCGCACCUAAUAAUCAGGACAGUUUCUAUGUGCGUGUUCGGCUAUCUGUCUAUCUCCUGAGUACAUUGUUGUAAGCACUUGAAUAUCUUAAUAUUCAAGUGCAUCGCUGCUUUGCUUUUGCACAUUGGCUAGAUAAUUCAAGUUAGACAGACUAAUAAUCAGUCCAUCAUCUUCAAUUAUUUGAAGUGUUUCUUGCGGUGUAUUGUGUAAAGCAAGAUUGUUGAUAACAGUUUUUAUAAGACAUCCAUUCUUGUUCAAAUUCUUCUUGAGGUUUUGAACAGAGGAGUGGGAACUUCUAGCACAGCAUAGCCAUGGAAACAAGACCAGACAAUCAGCAAGGAUGCGUGCCAGUGCGCCUCAUUAUGCUGCUGCUGGCGGGAGGGGGCACGUUCGUGCAGAUGUUCGUCAAGACCUUCCUGUCCGUCGCCAUCGUGGCAAUGGUGAAGAGCGAGCCGUCCAGCGGCAACACUAACGGCCACGGGGUAGCCAACGCCACCGCCCAGAAUGCGGAGGGGGAGUUCGACUGGAGCAGCACCAUGCAGGGCUUCCUUCUGUCGGCCUUCUUCUACGGCUACAUCACCACCCAGGUGCUGGGCGGCUGGCUGUCAGCCAGGUUCGGCCCCAAGGUCGUCAUGAGCUGCGGCAUGCUCUCUGCGGGCAUCUUCACACUGCUGGGCCCGCUCGCCACUAACUUCGGCGCGUACACUUUCGCUGCUUCCAGAAUCCUUGUUGGCGCCUCCACGGGCUUGUUAUAUCCACCUCAGCAGUCCUUCAUUUCGAAAUGGAUACCUCCUGAAGAAUACCAGAAGACAUCAGGAUUUAUGAAUUCCUGCACGUACUUCAGCACGGUGGUGGCCAUGAUCUGCGCGGGAGUUCUGUCCAACUACUCGUGGCGGUUGGUGUUCUACGUGUUCGGCUCGAGUGCCAUCGUGUGGGCGGGGCUGUGCUUGUGGCUGGCCCACGACUCGCCGGCGCAGCACCCAACCCUCUCCCAGGAGGAGUUCCUCUUCAUCACCAAGCAGGCGGAGGAGGGCGACGACAAGGACCACAGGAGACUGAAUCCAGUACCCUGGGUGGCAAUCUUAACCUCCAUGCCAGUAUGGGCACAGAUCUUAAUGCAGUGCAGCGGAGGAUAUCUUUCGUACACCCUGAUGUCUGAAAUGCCUUCUUAUAUGAAAAAUAUCCUACAUUUUAACAUUCAAAAUAGCGGAAUGAUUUCCAGUUUGCCGUACGUAUUUGGUGGCUUAAGCUGUACAUUUUUUGGAAUGACUUCACAGUGGCUUCAGAGCAAAGGAAUUAUAAGUCAUCUGGCUGCGUACAAGAUCUUUAACGGCAUAUAUGCGCUCGGGGCGGCCACCUGCAUGUUCCUGGUCCCGGUGGCAGAGGGCAACAAGACCCUGGUGGUGAUGCUGCUGUCGACGGCCAUCAUCUUCUACAACGCCUACAGCGGUGGCAGUGCCGUCAACAUGAUGGACCUGGGCGUCAACUACGUGGGCAUCACCACCGGCAUCAUGCAGACCUUCGCCAACACCAUGGGCAUCAUCACACCCCAGGUGGCCGGCUUCCUCACCGACGGCCAGCAAACUGUUCACCAAUGGGCCAAGGUAUUCUACAUAGCCGGUAGCGUUUCCAUACCAACGUUCAUCUUCUACUUGUUCUUUGGCUCAGUUGAUGAACAGGAGUGGAACAAACAAGGUGAUGAAGAAACUCCUGAUCCAGCAACAAGGGUAAUACCACCCAAGAAGAAAAGCAGCAUCAACCAUUUCGCUAAUUUUUAAGUGUGUGGUUGACUGUCUUCGCCUUGGACACUGGUAAAAAAACCUGGAAAAACCCCAGUAAAGCUGGUCAGUGGACGACGAAAGUUUUGACUAUUUUGUUCCAAACAAAUUCUUGAAACUUGUUUUCUUCAUUAAGAAAGUCCAAGUGCUGGAAGAAUACAUACUCCAUUGUGAAUUUUUGUGUAAUUACAGUUUGGUUAUCACAUAUUUUAUGCGUGCUCAAACUGCGUGAUAGUUAAAUAAAUGUGUGUGCACAGUUGUAGGAUGAACAGGUUAUUUGAAAAUUAAGUAGAAUUAUGCUACAAACAACAAAAACAUUGAAAAUUUUGUGAAUUAAAAUCAUUAAAAUACAAAUAUAAUACGGCGACGCUCCGUAGUAAUCCAGCAUGGAUUGAGCAGAUCGUAUUUGAAUUUUUCUGGAGGAUUCAGGCAUUUUUUGAUUUUUGAAUGACUCUGGUAACACUGCAUCAUGGCACAACGGGUUUAUUUUUUCUACACUUGCCCCUUUAUUUCCCUUGCUAGUAGAGAUUACUGCUGUCGACAGACUUGGCUGUCCAUUACCACACGUAUGACUAUACUCGAGUUGUAGUUAACCACACAAGGCACACUCAAAAUGCAUUGCUGCACACACCAAGUUAGUAGGACAGCAUGUUUUAUGCUUAUUUGAUAUGUCUGAGGUGAUCUUUAUUUGCUCUUUUGCUGCAUGAUUUUAUUUCUAAGAAGUCUUUCUACUGAAACUAAAUUUUAUCUUCAUUAAAUAUCCUUAUAUCUUUGUCAGAAGCCACAGAAAAUUAACUUAGUACACACAUCACUAAAACUUAUGCUGUGUCUAAAAUGAAAAAUUUUCACAAUAACAAGACAUUAAAUAUUUCAGUCUUUGGUAAAAUUUUGUUUCGAAGACAUGUAGAUAAAAUUAUUUUAUCUUUGGGUAGAAAAAAAUUGUCUUGCAAUCAGACACUGAAGAUGGAUUUCAUGCUGGUCGCUUGCUAAAAUGUUAGGUGUAAUUCCAUGUUUAUGCAUCUUCAUAAUACUUAAAGGUUGUAUUUGCCCUUGCAUGGUAUUGCUUUCUUUAGGAAAUGUCUAUCUACUUAAAUAAAUUUAUUAAUCAAUAAAUACUCAUUUGAAAAUAGAUUUUCAUGUAUCCAAUUCGUAAAAUUGGAACAUCACUUGUUGCUUAUGCUUAAUUUUUUGUGUCAACAAUGUUACCUUUGUUAUCUUUUUGUUUGUAAGACAUGACUAAUAAAAAAAUUAUUAAUUACAACAAACUACUGAACAUGGACUGUGCACUGGCCGCUCACUUAGUUUUGUAUGACUUGGUGUUAAUGCUUCUUUUGGUGAUAAUAGUAGUUGUAUGUGCCUUUAACUUUAUAAAGUAUAGAUUUAAAGGAAAAAGUAGUGUAUUUAAAUAAAUUAAUGUUCCACCAACAUCAUUUCAGUACAAAACCACUGAACGAUCAUAAUAAAUAUUUCAACAGUGUGAGGGCAAAUGUUUAUUAGGCCUAAGUAUUGUACGACUUAUGAGCAUUAACGUUUGAUAAUCAAGAAAAAUUGUUAAUUUGCCAUGUCAAUGGGCAGUGGUACCAAAUGUGCUGCUGAACUGAACUAUGACAUAUGAAUGGACUGAUACAUAAAUUUCAUAUAUUUCUUCCAAUGUUACAAUAUUGUUUUUAACUAAUAUUUAACUAAACAUGUGUUGCUGAAACCUAUAAUAUUAUCUACAAUAGUAAAAUAAAAAUGUUAGUUAAAAAGAAAAUUCAGAUGUUCUCAAAUGUUACAAGUGAAAUUUGCUUGACUGGAAUGGCUAGCUAUUCCAGUGUCAUAUUGAAAUGUUGCUUUUAUAAUGAUAGAAUGUACAUUGUUUAUUUAUACUUAGAUGAUGAAUCCAAGUGAAUGUUUCAUAAGGCUGUGAACUAUUAACUUAGUGUCAAACUUUUUAGUUGUUGGAAUUGUAUACUAUUAUUGAUAAAUUAUAAGAGAUACUGUGAUAUUUGUAGCAUAAAACUAGUUUAUUUUAUGUGUGAGAUUUUUAUGAAAACAUCUCAAGUGUAGGUAUUCAUGAAACUGAAAAUAAAGAUGUACAAAUUUGUCAUUUUUUAAACGUGCCUAAGAUUCUUCAUAAGUAAAUAGGCUUGCAACGCAGUUAAUAUACAUAUACUUUCAACAAUUUACCACUUGUUCCUUAAAUUGUUUUCACAUGUAUGAUGGUGGGUACUGAAGACUUGUACUGCUUGUACAAAGCAUCAAGGUUGCAACACUUGUUGCCAAGGCCUACUUGUUUGCAUUAAAGACCUACCAACCAGAUACGCACAUGAGCACACUGCAAGUACAAAUGGUGCUAAUCCAGGGUGUUCGCCGAUACGAUCGCUGGUGAACAAAUUUCCGGACUUUUUCAAGACUUUUGAAUAACAUUUUCUUACAACUUUUUUAAAUAUAAGCAAAACUGAACAUAAUAU